UGUUGCUGAUAAGCAGCCGGCCGAUUUGAAAAAGAUGUUCCCUGUUAAUAAGAUGCAGGCCAUAUUUUCGAGUUAUAUGGAGUAUCCUGCGCUCUGGGAUAAAAAGGGAGGAAUUACUAAAAAUAGGAGUGAGAAACAGCGGUUAUUCCAGAGAAUAGCCUCAGAUGUAGGCAUGCCAAAUGAAUGGAAAAACAUUCAAUUGCUACUUGGAAAACUGCGCGUUAAACUGCAAACAGAGAUUAUAAAAAAAAAAAUGGAUGAGUCGAAAGGUCGAUUAUAUACUCCCACUUGGUAUACAGAUCUGCCUUUCUUUUUGAAACAAAGGCCAAGUACAUCAAAUCCGAACAAUCGGGAAACAGCUAAGAUAUUCAAUCCGCUUUCCACUUUAAUUACUGACGAGCAAAUAGCGAUUUUAGCUGAACUGUACAAAGGAUUUCCAUGCCUUUGGGAUGAAAAGGACAUUAAAUAUAGGUUUGGAAACCGUCGCCAGGAAGCAUUAGAAGUUGUACGAAAAGAAUUCAAUACAAGAUCGGGAUUGAAUCUAACACAACAAGAUUUGAAGAGUGAAAUUGGAAAGAUGCGAAAAAUUUGUUCCAAAGAAAAGAGGCAAAAGUUAACAUGUAAAAAAUUAAAUACGGUGUACAUAUCGACAUGUCCUUUUUAUGAUCACAUUGCAUUUCUCGAAGUCGACGUUCCGCCAUUUGAGUGCUCAAUAUGUGGAACAUUACUGUCUGGUAUAGGUCAGUAUAAAGUGCAUUUAGCUUCUCAUGAUGGCUCACUGCCAUAUAAAUGCCAUCUCUGUGACCAUGAAUUUAGAUUACCCACAAACUUAACAAUACAUUUACGAAGACAUGUACAUGACUACACCUAUACCUGUGAGAUAUGCGACAAAUCCUUUGCUACUUCUACAGAUCUAAAAAUUCAUACACGUUCACACACAGGCGAAAAACCAUACUUUUGCGAGAUAUGUGGGAAGAAAUACCAAACUGCAUCACUAUUUAGUACUCAUAUGCAGCGUCACGAGAACCGGCCCCGUCACAAGUGUGAAAUGUGUGGGAAGCCUUUCUAUACAAGAACAAUGUUAAAGGAGCACAUAAAUGCACAUUUGAAAAUAAAAGACAAAAUUUGCAAUAUAUGUAACAAAGGUUUUUCAAGUCGCAAGCAUCUACGCCAACAUAAACAAAUCCAUGCAGCAAAAAAGAAAUAUUUAUGUAAAAUUUGUGAUAAACGUUUUGCACAAUAUGCGGGUCUUAGUGGGCAUAUGAAAUCGCAUGGAACCACAUUGACAGCAACCCAAGUAUGAAUAAAUAAUUAUUAUUUUUUGCAAAGCAACAAAAAC